AUGGCCUACAGCUGCUGCUCUGGAAACUUCUCCAACCGCUCCCUCGGGCACUGUCUGCCCUCCUCACGUUCCUCCUGUGGUUCUUCCUACCCCAGCAACCUGGUCUACACCACUACCAGCUGCUCUCCCAGCACCUGCCAGCUGGGAUCCUCUCUGAACACCAGCUGUCAGGAGACCUGCAUUGAGCCCAUCAGCUGCCAGAGGUCCUGUGUGGUGUCCAGCCCCUGCCAGAAGCCCUGCUACUAUCCCAGGAGCUCCACACCUUGCAGUCCCUGCCAGGGGACAUAUGCUGGGUCUCUGUGCUUUGGGUCCAGGAGCUGCUGUUCCCUGGGCUAUGGAUCUAGAAGCUGCUACUCAGGGGGCUGUGGAUCCAGGGGCUUCAGAUCUCUGAAUUGUGGAGUCUCUGGCUUCCCUUCCCUGGGUUAUGGGUCCAGACUCUGCUACCCAGCAUACUUGGCUUCUACUACAUUUCAUCCUUACUGUUACACAUCAACCUGUGGGUCUGGCCUUGUUGGAUUCAACUGUUAA